AAUUAAAUUCCUCUUAAAUAUUUGUAACACUUUGUUAUAAAGGAGAGUUGCUUACAGUUAAAUUUUCAAUAUUUAGAUUUCAUAGAAAUGUAUUAUAUUUCUAUAAAUUGUAUCAACAUUAUCGAUACAGAGAUUUGAUGCAUUAUGAGGAGCAUGGGUACCUUUCAUCCUGGGUUCACGGUUGAUAAUUCUCGAACAGUAUUAAUGAAAAUAGCUACUUUAUAUGCUGAACGUUUAAUGAAUGAUAUUUGUUUAGUAGUUAAUAAUAUAGAAUAUCCGGCACAUAGGUUAAUUUUGUGUGCAUCUAGUGAUGUAUUUGAGGUAAUGUUGAUGAGUCCUCAGUGGAGUGAAUCUCAAGAAAGUAGAGUCACACUUCAAGAAACUCCUCAAUGUGCAUUAAUUUUCAGUGAAUUUUUACGAUAUUUUUAUACGGGGCAUCUUCGUAUUAGUCACGGGGUAGUUUUACCAAUACUUUCACUUGCUGAUAAAUAUAAUGUUAAGGAUCUUAGCUUAUUAUGUUUAGAUUAUAUGCGUAAUCACAUUCCAAUAGCAGCUAUACAAGGUACACUUGUUUCUUGGUUACAAUAUACUUUAAAUUGUGGUCACCAUGAAAUAACAGAUGCAUGUCAUAAUUUUGUUAAAUGGAACAUCGAACUUGUAGCAGGUACAGCUGACUUCGCUAAUUUUGAACUUGAUGUACUUGUAUCUUUACUACGUCAAAGUAAUCUUGUAAUACAAGAUGAAAUGACAUUAUAUAAAUGUCUAGAAACUUGGUUAAAUCAUCAAAGUAAUCGUUUAAAGACGAGAUUAUCUACAUCAGAGUUUGAAAUGGCAUUAAAGCAAAUAGUUGCAACUGUUAUGUUGCCAGUAAGAUUUCCUAUGAUGUCACCUAGACAAUUAGCUGAUCUAUUACUUUCACCUUUGACACAAAAAUAUAAAGAAUUUUUUGUUGAAAGAAUGGCUAUAGGAAUGUCAUUUCAUUCUGGUCAAAAUGAUAGAGUACGUGAAAUCAUAAAAUCUGAAGAAGAUGGUAUACUUUUAUUUGAACCAAGACUUUAUACAGUAGAUACUUGUAGCUCACUUUUAACAGUUGAAAAUUUUCAUAAUUUACUAUCAUAUCAUUCAAGAACUUUAGUUUUCUCAAGUCAUUCGCAUUUAGCUGACUGUGCAGGAGAUAAAUCUUGUGAAUGGGUUGUUGAUCUUUAUCCAAAAGGAGUAUGGUUUAAAAAAUAUUUUUUGAUUGUUUGGCAAGGUACAGUUGAAAUGCCAGAACAUGUUAUUCGAUCUGUAAGACUGUCAUUAACGUGUAAAGAACCACCGGUUGAUAGUGACUCUGAUUUACGUGUAAAAAUAGGAGUUCUUAUAUACGGACUUCAAGAUGGCGUUGAACACAUAGCCAGAGUUAAAGAAGUUAUUUAUAGAUUUAAUAAAAAUGAACGAGUGCUUCAUUUAGACGAUGUAUUGCCUUUUGAAGAAUUAAAUCCUCAACAAGAUUCUAUGUGUUCAGAAAUACCAAUUUCAAAAUACUUAGUAGGGCCUAAUAAAGAUAUAUUAAAACUUCAUAUCGUUAUUUCACCUAUAAAUCCAUAUCACUAAAUAAUGUAUAUGUAUGGAUGUUACAAUGAGUUAAAUCUGUUCUAUAUUUGAAGCUAUAUUUUGUAUUCAGAUU